AUGUUGAACACAACGACUCAGUCUGGAGACACACUGCAUACGACGCUCAAGAGCGCCCCGAUGAUGAAGUCUGUCCGUUUUCACGGAUCAGGUGAUAUCCGCGUGGAUGAAAUUGAAGAGCCGAUGUGUAGCAAGGGUCAAGUAAAGGUCUGCAUUAUGGUGCAAGAUGAGGCCAGCUUACGUCGGAAUUUGCGGAAGUGGUGGAUCCACCUGACAGCCAUAGAUCUCCACGAAUACACUAGUGGCCCAGUAUUGAUACCACAAACACCCCAUCGUAUUACUGGAUCGACAUAUCCUAUCUCAAUGGGUCAUGAAUUUGGUGGUAUCAUCGAAGAAGUUGGCGACGGUGUAACACACCUUUCCCCAGGCCAGCGCGCCGUCGUGCGGCCUACCAUCUUCGACGGAACAUGUUCUGCCUGCAAACAAGGCCACAAAAAUUGCUGCGAGAAUAUUGGAUUCAUUGGGUUGAGCGGCUACGGCGGGGGCAUGUCGAAAAAGAUCGUUGCCCCAGCUGGCCAUUUCUACUCCAUUCCCGAAACCAUAUCACUUGAAGCUGCGGCCCUCAUCGAGCCACUCGCCGUCGCAUGGCAUGCAGUCAACUUGUCACCGUUCAACCCAGGAGAUAAUGUCUUGCUCGUCGGAGGCGGGCCUAUUGGGGUCGGCGUCGUGCAGGUCCUCAAGCUGCAAGGAGCGAGGAAUAUCAUGGUGUCUGAAUUAAUGGAGAGUCGCCAACAACUUUGCAGGACUUAUGGCGCAACACAUAUUCUAGAUCCACGCAAGGGCGAUGUCGCGCAAGGCGUGCGAGAGAUCACCAGUGGCGUCGGUGCAGAUGUUAUUUUUGACGCUGCGGGCGUGGAAAAGGCAUUGAUCGGGGCUAUACCCGCUUGUAAAGCGCAAGGUACGAUUGUUAACAUUGCUGUUUGGGAGAAGUCGCCUUCUAUUCCUGUGAAUCAUUUGAUGUACAAAGAGCUCCGGUACAUGGGAGCGGCUCUGUAUGACGAAACUUCGUUUUUGGAUACGAUCCGCGCAGUCAAUGAUGGCCUACUGAAACCGGAAGGUAUGAUUAGCUCGCGCAUCAGAUUGGAUGAAGUUGUGGAGAAAGGAUUUAAAGCACUGCUUGAGCAUAGGGAUGAGCACUGUAAAAUACUGGUGGACGUUCAGGCCUAG